AUGGUGCAAAAGACACAACGGCGCAGAACACAACGCUACCACAUUCGGAAAGCAAGACAAGUUGUGAUAGCAGCCCUAGAGGAAAUUGCACCUGGGAACGCUGAAAUCCUCUUGAGUAAACUAGUGAUAUCAAACGUCGUCGCACUGACAGAGAACGAAGUUGACUUAACGCUUGUUGACGCCUUAGCAGAAUGCUACAAGAGUGCGAGCCACUGGAGCACACGAAGGCAAAUCCUAUCCAUUAUUGCUGACAAAGUUAUCUAUCGAACGUUACAGAGUUGGAUUCCUGGUCUAACACGAUAUAGAUAUAAUGUCGCCAGGCAACACGCUCACAUGUAUGAAGGAGGUGCUGAAGUUGAAACUCGUAGUGUGCCGAGAAUGUAUGUCUCAGCCUCACAGCUCGACCACUUCCUUGACUUCAUCACAAGUGAGCACAAUGUCCAAGAACUUCCAUUUGGUGAACGGACAUUGAAAUUAUCAUCCGAAAAGAAAAUAAUAGUACUCAAUGUGGUAAGAAAGGUCAUCCCAGAGCGAGUUAUUCAACAGUAUAACCUGUUUUGCACCGAGACGGGUUUUGCUCCGAUGGGACGCAGCACCCUUCAUAACAUUCUAGAUGUGUGCUCUGCUAGUGUAAGGAACUCAUUACAGGGACUCGAUUACUUUACAGCGCAAGGCACACAGGCUUUUGAUGAUUUAGAGAGUGUUGUCGAUAAGCUCGGAGAAGACUGUGGGAUGGGCUCAUCCUGGGUGAAAGAAAAGAAGGAACAGCUCAAGGAAGGAAAGAGAUAUCUGAAGAGUGAUUACAAGGUACCAUUAUUAUCCCUAUUAUCAUUAUGAUUAUCAUUAUUACAAUUAUUACGAUCAUAACACUAAAAAUAAUCGAGUGUGCUUCAUCAGUUCUUAUCACAAUACAGAGAUAUGAAUUAUUAAUAAAUACAUGCAGCUAGACAUGGACCAUAGUCAUUUUCAUACCUUCCAAUUCGAGAUUUUUGUUUUCAAUUAAUAGGUACACAUUUCAACGAGCUCAAGUGUACCAGACCAUUGUCGAGCCUACGCGCUAAGUUGUCCAGACGACACAGACUACCUUAAAAUUUGCCAUCACAACCACAACCACACAUGCGACCGGUGUUCUCGUCUUACAUCUGUUGUUGCUGAAAUCGAGAGAGCUGUACAGGAAGUGGGAGGUACAACCGAUACGAAAGGAGAUUUGGCCUUUGUGACUUUACAGUCCAAACAAUACAUAAAUUCUUGGAAAUCGCACUUACUGCGUUCAACAAACCAGAACGAGUCUAGAUUAGACGUCAUCGAUGAGCUGGCUGAAACUUCUGUCUUACUGGUCUUAGACUGGGCUAUGAAAUAUCUACCAAAGAAAUUCAGGGAGAGCCAAACAGACCGGUUUGGCAAGAGAGGUCUGCCAUGGCAUCACAGUUGCGACGAGAAAGGGAAAUGA